CGAUGUUCUCUCAAUUCAGCAUGGUACUUGAAUUGUAAUAAGGAUAAAAUUCAAUGUGAUUUUACCAAAUUGCAAAAAUUAUUAGAUGCAAAAACUGCACCAAAAAGCACAGUUUGCUCCAGACUUAGCACCUAUGAUGGACAAUUUUUAACAUUUGGUUCAAUGACCGAACUUCUUAAGGAGAUCUGCAAUACUAAAGCAUAUUGUGCGAUGCCUCCAUAUGAAAUUGAUAAUAUUCGCGAACUGCCAGCGUUUAAUUAUGAAGGCCCUUGUCAUGAAACAAAAGCAUUGUUGGAAAAAGUCAAAUGUCCAUUUGGCGAUAAGCCUAUGGUGAUGGAAGGCUUAUCAAUGCUAUAUGCCUACUGCCCAUAUAAGAUCGACUUAUCGAGAUAUCCAGGUCCCGAUCCAUCUCAUUUGCGGCGUGCUUCACGAAGUGCUUCGCCGAUGAAAUGCUUGCCAGAGGGAAAUACUUUAGAUGAAAGGACGAAUUUCUAUCGAUCAAUGGAUGAAAAAUCAUAUUAUUUAGAAGUUGUAUAA